AAAAUCAGUGACAACAAAACAGAGAGAUGUUGCCAUGGCGACUAAACACACUGAAUGCAUUAUUUCAAUAAAGUUAUAUUUAGGAAAUGUGAGUUAAACUUUAGUAACUAAAUAUGUUACAUAAUGUUCUACCUGCAUAAAUUGCUCCUAUUUUACACAAGCUUUCAAGCUUUUUUCUAUUAAGAAAAGCUUUAAUUUUCCAUAUUUUGCUUAUUUUAAAUAUAAUUUUUUUGCUAUUAUCCUAAAAUGCUUAAAGAAAUACGGAAAUGCAGAUUAAAAUUUGAGGUCAAGCAUUCUUUUUUGACUUUACAUAAUACUCCCCCCUCCCUACCCAUGACUGAUAGUUGAAACUGUGUGAUCGAAAUAAAAUGCUUCAGUUAAAAGUCUGACAAAAGUUUAAUUAUGACAGUAAAAAUGGACAAUUCUCUUGAAAUAUUGCCGGUUUAUGGAGCAUCUUGGCGUGUGAAGAGACCUGAACUGACCCAGAAAUGAUAAUAAUUAAAAAAAAACAAAAAAAAAAACAGGGUGGAUUCAAACGCAAAUGCAAUCAUUUUAUAUGCUUUUUUUAUUGGCAGUUGUAUUCUGGGCUGAAAACUGAUUUUUUAUUUGACACAGUAGUCAGGGGGGAGUGGCUACAGGUUGAAAUGACCAAUAGAGGAGAACUUCCUCCUUAACAGUAAGAGAUUUAAGUCAACAAAGCCUCCUUUACGCACUUUCCAAACUUUAAAGCGGGGACUGUCAUUCAUCUGCGCAUCCAUAUUUUUUCUUCCAAAAAUGGCUCAAAAGUUUUUCUUUUAUUGUGUCUUUGGGAUUGUUGUUGCUCUUUGCGGAGUCACAACUACAACAGUAAACUCAAUUACAAAUACAACAGGAAGCUCAAUUACAACUACAACAGAAAGCACAACUACAACUACAACAGAAAGCACAACUACAACUACAACAGGAAGCACAACUACAACUACACCAGGAAGCACAACUACACCAGGAAACACAACUACACCAGGAAACUCCACUGCAAGCGAAGAAACUUCACCUGUGACAAGUGCUCCACCAGUAACUACAAAACCAGAUCCCUGCAAUUCAAACCCAUGUGGAGGAGGAAGCACCUGUGAGGCUCGUGCUGUGAACUUCACGUGUCUCUGUCUACCAGGCGAUUCCUACAAUGAAGAUGCCAAAGUUUGUCAGAAGGCUAAAGUUUUCCCCGGACAAGUGAGCGUGCCAGGUUUGACAUAUGUUGAAGAGCUGAAAGACAAGACAUCAACCGCAUUUAAAACACAAUCUGAGAAAAUUAUUGCUGCAAUGGAUAAAGUUUUUGGAAGCGAUCUUACCUACAUUGGAUGUGUAGUGUUGGAAUUUAGGCAAAAGCAAAAGAGAAUGACUCGAGCUGGUGAAGCUGAAGCUGAAGCAAUCGUAGACCUGAGUUUCAAAUCAGAGUCAGAAGUCACGGGAAAUAAAGUUGUAGAUUCAAUUAAGAACUGUGAAGGCUGUGAUGUAACGUUUGUUGCCACCAACCUGUGUGAAAGAAAUUCUUGUGACGUAAACACUACCAACUGUACCGCCUCAGAUGGAUCUUUCUCCUGCGUUUGCAAAGAUGGCUACGUAAAAUCAGGUUAUACAGAGAGACUCUGUUUGGCAUGUCCUUCUGGGCAGAAAGCUGUGAAUUCUGAGUCCUGUGACGCAUGUGAUUUUGGCUAUAGUGGCUUCAACUGUUCAGAAAAUUGGCAGCUGAUCCUGGUAAUUGUGGGCGCCGUUCUUGGAGGACUGGCGCUCAUCUUCCUCAUCUCUCUCAUUGUUGUAUCUCUAAAAUCGCCGAAGAAAAAAUUCAACAAGAGUGACGAAGCUGAAGAUGUGAAACCGUACAUCAGCCAUUUUUCAACCAAGGCACCACUUGGUGGAAACAGCAUGAAAAAUGAUUACACAUCUCAGACAAGUGCGCCCGUUGGGGUGUCGCGGAUCCCGCGGGCCACGACCACCAUGGACAACAGGAGCAACAUGGAGAUGAUGCAAAGCAACAGCCGGCAAAACCUGAUCCCUUCAAACAGAAACUCGUGGCUCAGUGAGGAUCAAGACAGCCCAUACUCUCGACCCAACAACUCCUUCACUCAGACUCGACCGCAGAACAACCCCUACAGCCAGAAUCAAGCCCAGUACAACCCGUACGCUCAGAACCAAGGCCACUCCAACCCUUACUACUCCAGUGACAGGUUUAAUUAGAGCAGAAGUGUAAAAAUGAGCACUAAUUUCAUCAUAUUUGAUCAUCACUUUGACUCAUUAGUUCACCAGCUAUGAUCUGUCAUAAAUCAAGUCUGUGAUAUUUCAUGUCAUCGCGUUUGGUAUGAAAAGUGAGGCUGAAACUUGACGUCUUAUUUUACCUCCAAAUUCAGUUUUCAUCUAAAUUUGUGAUGAAAUAAGCUUUUUAUUUAAUUAAAGCCUUUUUUAACAUGUAUGAAAACUUUAAAAUAUAUAUCUCAAGCCCUCAAAUCGAGUUGUCUUUGUAUUUCUAAAUUUUAAUUUUGUAAAAUGUUUGUUGCAUUAAAUUUUGCUUGAUGUUCUGUUCACUGAAGCAAAAAAAUAUAUAUAUAUUUGUUUUUUAUUAAUCUCUUCAAGGAUUGAAAUCAUUUUGUCUCAUUUUCUUCAGUUUUUUGUCACCAUUGUCUAAAAUCAACGAAAUAAAUAGUCAAAUGUUUUUAUUUGUUCAUUGUAACAAUGCUGUCUGGAAUAUAAUCACAUACACCAAUAAAUAAAUCUUGUUGAGUUUGCUUAAUACCACAUUUGUAAAACGGUGUGCAUUUGUAUAAACUAAAAAAAAGAGGGUAUAGUAUGAGUCAUCCACCUGAGAAGUGUGGAGUAGACCCACAGAAUGUAAUGCCAAAUGAUAAACCCCCAACUACUAAAUUGUGAUUUUUCAUUGUGUGGGAUUUUUCCACUUUCCUACAGCAGUAGUUUUCCAUGUGCAGGAUAUGCAAUGUGUCUCCAAGCCACCAGGGGGCUCCAGAGCCGCAGCAGUAUACUGAUUUAAAGAAUGCUUCCUGUCUGCUACAGGCUACAUGCCCAAAGCAAGUGUAUCUAAUACGUAUAAUUAAAAAAAAUAAGUACGUAAUAAGGAUGGUAAGCAUAAAAAAAGCUAGAAUACUACGUUUGUGUGGCAGAAGUAGCUCCAAACCAGUCAUAUACUAGCUUAGAAAAAGUAUAUUUUCAA